AUGGACGAAAGCAACUCCUCACUUUGGGGCCUCUGGAACCUCAACUCCUGCCACAUGAGCGUCCAUUCCGGAGGGGCUGGCGGUGGGAAUUCGAGCGUGACACCCUUCGGGGAGAAGCCUCUCGGUCGAAUCUCCAUUACUAGGGAAGGAUACCUGAGCGCCAUGGUGACGAGCGUCGAAGGGGCGGCACCGAGAACGGGCACAGAAUGGCCACUAGCUACCGAGGCCGAUAUUGUACGCUCGGCGAGGCCGAUGGUGGCCUAUUGCGGUGUCUGUCGGACGUGGAAGGAGGGCGAGACGAUGUUUCUUGCGACGAAAAUCGAGCUGGCGCUCGAUCCAAACAUGAUUGGCACCGACAGAGUUCGCGUUGCUGAGGUUCGAGAAGAGGGCGGCAGGACAUUCCUGACGCUGAAGCCACUGCAGGAAUUUACCACGGAGGAUGGCACGAAGGGGGAUCUUACCAUCUGCUGGGAGAAGGUGCAGCUUCCCAGAUAA